AUGGAAAACAAGAACCAAGAGGAUCUAGAUCCUCUGUCCCUCGACCGACGGCGACGAGAGGGUUCUCCGAAAACUCCUCCCGGUUCUCCUUCUGCUCCACCCGUAUAUUUGACGGAUGAAGAAGAAUCCCCCAAACGUCGUAGAGGUCAGGCGGACUUGUCUGACUUCAGAAGUGUUGUUCAAGAUUGCAUUGACUACGACCCCAAACCUCUCCCUAAAACCACCAAAAACCUAAAUGCGAAUUGAAAGUUCUCUGGCUUGCGCUUAAGGAAUCAAUUACUUAGCCCAGCAGAGAUUAGUGAUCUCUUCUCAGAUAUCCGUUUCGUUCGAUUGCAAACAAUCAAGAACUUGCUAAUGGGUGACAAACUCGGCUGCUGGGCCACAAUGGGAGUGCUAACUGAGAGACAACCCAAAACAAGCUCUAUAGGCCAGCCUUAUUGCAUUUGGAAAGUCUGUUCCUUAAACGAGAACAACACUGUCUCCCUCUUCUUGUUUGGUGACGCUUACAAGAAGAAUGAGACCGAAAAGGCGGAUGCGUUUUCGUCUCUCUUCAAUUGCUCUCUUCGCAAGGACAAAAUGGGAAGUGACUUUUCAUUAAGUGUCAACUCAGCUAAACAAAUGGUAAAACUAGGAGUUUCCGCUGAUUAUGGAGUCUGCACAUCCAAGCGGAAAGUUGGAAACUGUACUUCUGUUGUAAACAAACGCCAAGGAGCAUUAUGCAAGAUUCAAUAACUGAAUGCAACAGGCAAAUUUGCUACAAUGAGAAGUGAACUCAAAGGCGGGUAUAAACUGAGAACGUCUUUCAGAGAUCCAAAAUCACAAGGGAUUUACACCGUUGAGCCACCAGUAGAUAGGAGCGGAACAAAAGGCUAAUCAGCCUGUCCGAGUACUAUCAGUGAAGGUCUCCGAAAGGCUUUAAGUGGUGCAGAUAAAGUGACGCCUAACGUACACUCACAAGUACGUUUCCUGAACGAGAUGGCUAAACAAUCGCUUUAAAGAACGUUAACAAGAAAUCUGAAAGCUGUGAAUAAGUCUGUAGAGAAGAGGAGAUGUUCUUGAUUUUUCUCUUCAGAAAAGCAUCUAAUACAAAAGAACGCAAGUAAAGAGAAAAGAGAGAAGCGGAUAAGAAGAGAAACUCCUGAGAUUGCCACCGGAAAAAUGAUGGUCCGAUUCUGCAGCUCCGACGAAGAAUGA